UAAAGGAAAUACAGUAUUGUGCGUUACUGUUGUUGGGUAGAUAUUAAAACCAUCAGCGUCAUUGUGUGUAGCUUCGACGCUGCUGACGGUUCCCUGUGCUGUAUGUUUUGUUUUUUGUUUUUUUCCACAAAGAUAUAUGCUGCUGUAAAACAUGGCAACUGACUGCGAGGCCUGGCUGAACGCGAACCCCGUGGAGGCUGACGACUUGAGCGAUUCCUUUGCAUCUUGUGAAGAAGACAAUGGAGGAGUGAUGGUGUCCAACAAGAACCUCAACAAAGAGAUCAAUGGCAAUUGGCUCUCUGUUUCCAGCAACACAGUCCAUGAGGCACGUCUCAAGGCAAAAGCCAAGCGGAGGCUGAGAAAGAACUCCUCCAGGGAUUCUGGCAGGGGGGACUCCCUCAGUGACAACGGGGAAGUUGUCAGGGGUUCCUCAGCAGCACCCACAAGCCCAAAGAGCAAGCUGCUGGACAGAAAGUCCCGACUUGGCAAGGGCAGAGGCCUGCCAAAGAAAGGUGGAGCUGGAGGCAAAGGUGUGUGGGGCAGGUCGGGGGAAGUCUAUGAGCCAGAGGUGGUAGACGAGAAAGACCCCAACUAUGAUGAAGCUCAGGUGAAUUGUGUGUAUGAGACUUUGGUGCCCCCACUGGAUGAGGCGGACUUUGAGAAGACCGUCACCCCCAUAGUGCAAGAGUACUUUGAGCAUGGUGACACAAAUGAAGUAGCGGAGCUGCUUGCAAAUCUGAACUUGGGUCCAAUGCGGAGUGAAGUGCCUACGUUGGCAGUGUCACUGGCGCUGGAGGCCAAGGCCAGCCACCGGGAGCUCACCUCCAGACUCUUGGCCAAUCUGUGUGGACCUGUGUUGACCCACAAUGACAUGGAAAGCUCUUUUGACAAACUGCUUCGAGACCUACCCGAUUUAGUGCUGGAUACACCCGGAGCACCACAGCUGGUGGGCCAAUUCAUUGCACGCGCUGUGAAAGACCAAAUUGUGUCCAAGAGUUACAUUGAAGGCUACAAAGGAAGAGUUGACUGUGAAUAUACAAGGGCAGCGUUGGACCGGGCUGCAGUACUGCUGAAGAUGAGUAUGGGUGGACUUCGCAGAGACAGCCAGUGGGGAACAGGUGGUGGGCAAAGUCCUGUCAUACAGCUUGUCAAAGAGAUGAACUUGCUUCUGAAGGAGUACAUCCUGUCUGGAGACAGCAAGGAGGCAGAGCGAUGUCUAAGGGAACUGGAGGUUCCUCAUUUCCACCAUGAGUUUGUCUAUGAGGCAAUCGUUAUGGUGCUGGAGUCCAAAGGAGAGAAAACAUUCACGAUGGUUCUGCAGCUGCUCAAAUCUCUCUCCUUGUCCUCCAUCAUCACUGUGGACCAAAUGAGAAGGGGCUUUGAAAGAGUUUACAUGGACAUUGCUGAAAUCAAUAUCGAUGUCCCCCGUGCGUACUUCAUCUUGGAGCAGUUUGUUGAAAAGAGCUUCAGUGUGGGAAUCAUUGACACAAAGCUCAGGGAUCUUUGCCCCUGUCGGGGCCGCAAGAGGUUUGUCAGUGAGGGAGAUGGUGGCUGUGUCAAAAUUGAAAGCUACUAAAGAGUUCUUUUUACACGCCAGACUUUGUGAAGAUAAGAAGCUACUUUUUACACUUGCAUAUAUUUUACAUAAUAGUUGGGUACAGUUGUCCCCCCCCCCCCCCCCAGCCGUUAAGAAUGUACAUUUCUUAAAGUGAGGUGGAGUCACACAUGCACUUUUGAUUGAAAACUGAAGUAGAUCACAUGUUCCAAGCUGUUUCAGUACAAACCUAAAUAAGCUAACCCUCAAAGUGCCACAUCUGUCAGUGCCGGACGGCACAUGUUCUGUACAGUAUGUUCUUGAUUUCACUGCCAUUCCUUUUGUUUUCUAGACAGCAGUGUUUAUACAGAUUUGACUGGUUUCUGGCAAGAGCUUUGUAAUGGAUGUUAAAAUAAAUACAGAAACUUUUUGGUUAAAUGCAAAACUG